AUGGCGUUCCGAUUCCGGAGAGAGGGGGAUUUCAUCAAGCACAGGGUGCACAUGGAGCGCAUGGGUAUAUCUCCAUGGAUCGAGGACUUCAAGUAUCGAGUGGUCGACUGGCACUACCAGUACUACAUGGGCCCCAAGGCCAGAAAUGCCGUGAUGUCGAACCAGAGGCACGCUCGAUCCAUCCAGGACCUGUACGACAAGAGAGCGAACGGCUUCGUGCAAAGACUUUCAAAGGAUGAUGCAGCCUCUGCGCGAUACUCCAGUGCAAGGACGAAGUACUUCACCUGGACCACAUGCCUGCCAAGGGUCACGCCGCUGCAGAGGACUUCCAAUCCGUUCUGCCCGAUCACGCCCAAUAAAACGGGCUGGCGCGAGUACAUCGAGCAGAAGGAGGUUCGGGGCGCUGUCCGGCCGAAGUCUCCGAAAGACAAGCAGCACAAAAUCCAGCACAUCAUGGAUCCGAAGCCCAAGGGCCCCAAGCAUGUCAUGUCUGGGACCGACGACACCGUCCCAAUCUUUCCGACACAGUGA